AUGUCGACAGAUACUGAGCUGGAGAAGCAUCUUGAGCACGAAUCUAUUGACCUUGAACUCAAGGAUCUGAACAUUGACGCUAUGUUGAGGGCCAACAAGUCGUUUAUGAGGCUCGCUGCAACCAUCUUUUAUUACGGCAAUCAAUCAUUGAGCGCUGCACAGCUUGUGAAUUGUGUGAGAUCAUUAGAAUUGCUACCAUUGAGAGGCGAAACACCAAAAAGCACAAUUCAAGGCAUCGUCUCUUCAUCCAGGUCCGCAUCUAGAAAGGCAAACUUGCUGGAUCCAUUUACUAUCGAUAAGUAUGGGCCUCAGAGACAAACCAAAUAUAGACUCUCAGACGCAUGUGUCGGUAAUGCAGUGCCACCAAAGAUAAAAGCAGUUCCCGAAGAUGAUACUGUCGAAAUUGUGCCCGUAGUGCCAAUGACUCAGAUUACUUCGCCUGGGAAACGACAACGCAAGGCACCUGAAUUAUACACACCAACCACUAAAAUCAGACAAUCAGCGCAGAGAAGCAGAAAGAAAUCACGAGCCAAGAAGCCCAAACACAAAGCAGUCGAAGAUGUAGCGAAUAAUACGACACCAGCAGAGGAGAGUCAAUCAGACAUUGAGGUAGACGACGACUUGACACUGGAAGAGAGGAUGCAGAUACCCAUCUACAGCGACGAUAGUGAUGCUGAUCAUAACAAGGGCGAUGAGGAGGAGGAUGCAGCGAGCUUUGAUUCAAUGGGAUUGGGAUCAGACUAUGAGGAACUGUUGGGCAAAAGAAAGGAAACUAAAGCGCCACCGCCACCACCACCACCACCACCACCACCACCACCCCAAGUCGUUGAAGAGGACACGAUAGCCAACUACUCGUUAAUAUACACACCACCUAAUACAGCCGAAAUAGAUUACAUUGAUGCCAUCAACUUUUCAGAAUACAACAUAGCAAGUAACUUUGCCAUUGUGCAACAAAAAGGCUACUCAUACCCUCGUUUUCGCUCCCAAGAAAAGAUCAAGAUUCCCAAAGUGCAUUGUGAAGAUAAAUUCAGAGUCAGUGAUAUAUACAAGAACAAGCGAGUGGUAGGACGUCUGUUUGUGCUAGCAGAUGGACAUGGUGGUCCUGGUUGCUCAGAGUACUUUGUCAGAAACACACCUGAAGCAGUGCAAGCUGUGUGUUCCAAGUAUCUUCCCUCCAAAUUAGGCGAGGCCUCAGUCAGAGCCAAAUUGGAGAAAGACAUCAAAGCCAUGAUUCAGCAAUUGGACGACAGUUAUUUGGAUCUGAAGCGACAACAGAUUGUGUCGGCAGUAGAGAACUCGAGCAAAACCGUGGACAAUGACGGAUGUACACUUAUUCUCAACUUGUUUUUGGGUGAGUGGCUCAUCAAUGUCAAUGUGGGAGAUUCGCGCACGGUCUUGAUUACUGCCCCUGAACCCAGCACGCCGUUACCCGUCACUACACCUUACACUGUUGGCAUUGAUAAAGACUACAACUUUGAAGUUGAAUUCGCCUCACAAGACCACAAGCCGUAUUUGGAACAUCUGGCCCGUCAUAUAUUGGAGAAUGGAGGCGAGUUUGUAGAUUCUGUUCAAAACCGGGUGAUCAAACUGGAUGUGGAUAAACUGAAAGAAGAUGAUCGUUAUGCGAAGCGUUCCUCUUUGAAAAAUGCAAGAAUUAGGCCCAAAGACUAUCUAUCAUCCAACAGCCAUGACCAGGCUGCACCUUCCUCCUUACCAAAGUCAACGGGAAACAAUGCAAUAGAGGAAUACCGCGAUCGCGAUAGAGUCCCAUCACUCAACGUAGCACGCUCUUGCGGUGAUUUAGACUUCAAGAUGGAUCCAGAUCACAAAAUCAUCUCAUGCGAACCUGAUGUGACAUUCAUCCGUAUUUCAGACACACAUAGAGGAUCUCGAACCACCAUUAGAAAUGGCCCCAACAAGGAGAAGCGAAGGCACUUUCUGUUUAUGAGUACGGAUGGUACGUUUGAUUACAUGUAUGAGGAGACAGCAGACCGACAAAACAAAGCCAUUGCCAAGGAGCUGGGGCCCAUGAUUGAAGACGGCGAAAAGAUUGGGCCUUACUUGCUGGAUGAAGAAGACAAGCUGCGAGAGGAAGCGUUGGCACGAGAAAGAGAGGCGAUUCGAUCAAAAACGGGAGCAGAUGCUCCAGCUGCUGCUAUCAAGCACGAUCAGCAGGAGAAUGUGACAAUGACGGGAAAAGAAGAGGAAGAAGGAGAGGAUCCGAUUGAUAUUAUGGAUAAUAAUACUCCAGCAGCAUCAACAGAAGCUAUAGCAGCCAACGGUGAUGAUGAGGUAGCGCAACCAGGCUCUCCCAUGAGCAUUGAUCCAUCUUCGCCAAUGUCAGCGGAGCAAACUGACCCACCACAAACUGAGACAGCAGUGCCGGAUUCAGCCUUACUGAAGCCAAAGCCUUUAUUACACAAAGAAAUAGAUGAUGAGGAUCUUAGGACACGACGCAUCAAAGAGCGCACACUUGUCCACUCUGCAAGACAGUUUGCGAAUCGAGAAGGUGCUCAUGGCGUGUUUGCUUCCAAGUUACAGGAUUACGACGAUUGUACAAUUAUACUAGUUGAAAUUUAA